CGAGGCUGUGAGGCCGGUGCGGAGAGUCUUGAUAAGAGAUUUGUACUCAUCGAACCAAUAGUCAACUCCUCCUCCUAAAUUGCACACACACACAUAGAGCUCAGUGAUCGCUUUGUCGAAGAGCUGGAUACCUGUAAGAAAAGAACGUCUGUUUUGUAAUAACCAGUGCUGGACACGAACAAUUGUGCGUUUUUACGCAUUCCUUCCUUGCGUUUGUUAUUCUGUUAUAUUCGAUCGAUAUUCGUCGGUUUUGAAAUGUUUUGCGCCAGCAUCCACAAGCAGUAUUGACAUUCGCUGUUGUGAACUCAAGAGUGGAGGCCAGGAUACUCACCACUACAAUUCUACCGUGUUUUUAGUUGUUUUUUUCUUUCUGUAUUGUCUCUUGGAAUAAUUUUUGCCUUGUCCAUUUUGUUCGUAAUGCAAGUUGAACGUUUCAGUAGUCCUUGAUCACUUUAAUUCGAUGACAGACUGAAAUUGGUGCAUUUUUGUGCAUCUUGAAAUCUGCAAGUUGAGCGCUGUUACUGGAUCCAGAGUUUACAUUGUGGUUUGCUGAUCUGAGGGAGACGCUUGCAAGUGUAGCCCUCCAGUCUCCACGAUGCUCUUCCACGGGCUCCCCGGAGGCGAGAUGCAGGGGGUCAUCGACGAGAUGGACCGGAGGGUGAAGGGCGAAUCUACCGCCAUCAGUUCGGCUAUAGACAUGGGGGAAACUGAGACGAGUAUGACGUCCAUCAACAGCGACCGUGUGGCCUUGUGCGCGGGAUGCGGGGGAAAGAUAUCUGACCGCUACUACUUGCUCGCGGUGGACAAACAGUGGCACAUGCGCUGUCUCAAGUGCUGCGAGUGCAAACUAAACCUCGAGUCCGAGCUUACCUGUUUCAGUAAAGACGGCAGCAUCUAUUGCAAAGAAGAUUACUACAGCAGGAGGUUUUCCGUCCAGAGGUGCGCCCGGUGCCAUCUCGGUAUCUCGGCGUCGGAGAUGGUCAUGCGGGCGAGGGAUUUGGUCUACCACUUGAACUGUUUCACCUGUACUAGCUGCAACAAAAUGCUCACGACCGGAGAUCACUUCGGAAUGCGGGACAGUCUUGUGUACUGCCGGCUCCACUUUGAGACACUCAUACAAGGGGAAUAUCAAGCGCAUUUCAAUCACGCGGGGGAUGUAGCCUCGGGCAAAGGACUUGGCGAGAGCGGCACGGGAAACUCGCUGGGGAUGCAGUAUUACAACGGCGUCGGUACGGGGCAGAAAGGAAGGCCGAGGAAAAGGAAAAGUCCCGGGCCUGGAGCAGAUCUGGCUGCUUACAACGCAGCGUUAAGUUGUAACGAGAACGAUGGAGACCACCUGGACCGAGAUUCCCACUACUCCUCCAGCUCCAAGUCCAAGCGCAUGCGCACCUCCUUCAAACACCACCAACUGAGGACCAUGAAGUCCUACUUUGCCAUCAACCACAAUCCGGACGCCAAGGACCUGAAACAGUUGGCCCAGAAGACAGGUCUCACCAAACGGGUGCUGCAGGUUUGGUUCCAAAACGCCAGGGCCAAGUUUAGACGGAACCUACUACGUCAGGAGAGCACAGGGAUGGACAAGGUGUCGGACGGGUCCACUCUACCAGGGGGGUCGCCUUCGGGCCCCCACUCCGAGCUCUCCAACGCCUCAAUGAGUCCUUCCAGCACCCACACCACCCUCACGGACCUGACAAGCCCCUCUAUUCCAUCGGUUAACCCUCUACUGACCGCCGUGCCGGGGGGCAUGGACCCCCACGACUCCAUGAGUAUGAGUCCUUCCCAGACCACCCUUACCAGCCUCUUCUGAUGUUACCAACACCACCCCAUCCCAUCGCAGACCACCCUUACCAGCCUAUUCUGAUGUCACCGACCCCACCCCAUCACAGACCACCCUUACCAGCCUUUUCUGAUAUAACCUACCCCAUCCCAGACCACACUUACCAACCUCUUCUGAGGUCACCGAUCCCACACCACCCCACCCCUCCCUAAACCCAUCCAACACCACACCAGGUCACUCAAAGACUAAGAGACUGAAGAGAGAGACACUUAAAUACAUGAUAUUCCCCGUGGACCUCAGAUUACUGCCCCGUCUAUUUCUAGUCUUUGUAUGAGUAGCAACUAAAGCCUUACAGAGCGGUCGGCUUGAUUUCAUCAAGAGCUGAAGAUACUUUUUCUGUUUUCAUCUUUGUUUCCUUUCCACGUUGGCUGACUGAUACUACGGAGAUAUAGAUUCUCACUCCACCACCCUGACCACUCUGUUUCUAGGUAGAGAUUUUUUUUAAAUAUAUAAAAAAAAUAAAAAGACAAUGGAAAAGGACUGUGAAACUGAAAAUGUAUUUGGAAAAAACAUUGGAGAGUGUAAAAUGCAGAUACAAAGUACUGUAGCAAGGUUAUCCGGAAGACUCUAGCGUGCCUUAUAUAUUUUAUCACACUGAGGAAUCCCUGAUCGGAUAGAUGUCUGAUCUAGGUGGCAUAUUUCUUGAAAGAUUUGGUUGAAGGAUGGGUGACCCACUGACAAACCGCGUUUGCUUACAACAUGGCAAUGAAAGCAAUUCUACUUUACAAUUCACUCUGCACACAGUGAGGACUGAUUGAUGAAAUAGAAAUAGCAUUGAUGAGAAUUAGAAUUACAUUGAUAAAGUUAAUAGUCAGUCAUUGCUUGCAGUACACACCAGUAAUAGUUGGUUACAACUUCGAUAUUUUGUAACAAUAAACUGUCGUAUGCGGAAAUGAUAUAUAAUGUAUAUUGAUAUCUGACUCGUUGCUUGAUGGAAUUGCAAUGAUACUAUUUACAGUCACCAUUUGAAUACACAACACAAGUAGCUACAACAUAUCUAACUAUUUUCCAGCAUCACACUGUUUGGUUUAUGAAUUGAUAGCUGUAAAAUAUGGAUGAAGUUUUCAUAUUGAGAUAUUAUCGGUCUAUUUGAAUAUUGGCUCAUUCGUCACUACAUAAGAGUUUAUAUCAGUAUAGUGUACCAGAUACACUUCUACAGUAUAUUGUACCAAAUGCACUUCUACACAUCAAAGAGGGGAGUCAUGCACACUCACAAGCGCACACACACACACACGCACACACACACACACACACACACACACACACACACACACACACACACACACACACACACACACACACACACACACACACACACACACACACACACACACACACACACACCGUACUUACCUCAGUCUGAAGGUCUUUCUAUGUUCUUACUGCUGAAACCCAGCACUCUGAUUUUGAUUCUCAAAGUCCCCACAAUGUAGGAUUAUAACAUAUAAGAAAUGUGCUCAGAACUGAGAUGCUUUAAGGGUACAUCUAACAAUGGCACCCCUAAUCUAAAGAAAUCUUAAAGACCACUUCUAAAUACUUAUUUGGAAUUGUCCGCACAAAACAUGGUUGAUUGAAAUUGUCCCAACAAAAUUGUUCCUUGUGGGGACCUGUCUGAAUAUUGGUUUUGGUACAGAGAAACUAAUCAGGGAUUUGUGUGGUUGGCAAAUAAACCAACUUUACCUGGGUCGUGUUCAUUCGGACACACAGUAGCAAAACGUUUUGUAAUGGAAAAUGGAAAUGAGCGUUUCUUAUUAGACAAAUUCACGUAGUACCUCCUCGUUUUGGACUGUUGUUUUCCUGUUUGGUGCCUACUAGAAGCUGGUAGGACUAGGAGUGUUUCUGAUAUGGAGAAUCAAGCUGCCUUCCUUUUGACUGUGACUACCUUUACUUAUGGAUGAGGAUGGUGCUCUUACCUUAUCUUUAUCCUUGUAUGCAUGGAGAGCUGCUGUUGGGAUUCAACAUCCCUUUAACUACACAGUCUUUAGUUUGUUUGUUUGUCCUUCCAUUCUUGUACAGUUGCCCCCUUUUGAUGUACUUAAGCCUUCAGUUCUUUCAAAACAUAAAAUGGUGGACAAAACUUGAUCUAGUCUGUUGUUUUUCUGAAGUUACUACCUAUAGGAUAUCACACGCACACGCGCACACGCACUCACACACACACGAUGCAUGUGCACAGAUGUGAACCUAUAUGUUUUCAUUGUAUUUGCUGUGUAUAAAAGUAAGGAUUACUUGUGGUGUUCCACAGGGUUCUAUUUUCGGUUCGUUGGAGUCCGGUUGGAGGGCCACCUAGUCUUGAAAGAGAGAUUGAUAUCCGCACACUAUUGAAUGCCCCAGCUGUUUUGUUGCUGUGAGAGACCACAUUGUCUCAACAUUGUUGCAUGCCUUUUUCAAAUGACAUUUAAAAAUAAUGAAUCCCAUUUGGAUUAUAAUGUAAUUUGUGUCGUUUAGCAGAAACUCUUAUCCAGAGCUACCUUCAGCAUGAACAUUUGCAGGGAGUCUGAAUGACAGUACAAUUACUGAAUGCAUCUAUCUUUUCUGUCCAUAUAGUUUUUUAAAUACAGUGCUUCCACCCACACUAGGAAAUCAGCUUGCUGUGGCUGGCAGCUCGCCAGAAAAAUCUCACCAUAAAAUAGACGUUUCGUAGAGGGAGCCUUUCUCUUAUGAGUUUGAGCAAUAUGUCUUCAAUUUUCACAUGGCACCAGCGUCAUCCAGACCAGCUGAAUCAAAUUACUGAGGUCUGAAGAAUGUUCUCUUAAAAACGUAUUCAAAUAACUUUGGUAAAAUAAAUAUAAACUGAAGCUUUUAACGGUCAUAUGUUUUUUUCCUCUUUAAUGGCCCUCUUGCUCGGUUUUUGGCCUUAAGUGAUCCUGUACAGAAAGAGGGGUAUUGAUCAAAAAGGAAGAGUGAGAACACAGGAAGUCUGCAGUUUUGAAGUUUUAAGGUAUUGUCAACAGCAAAAGGUCAAUAGUACAGGUAAUUGUUAAUGUGUCCACAAGUUGAUCAUAAUAAAAAUGGUUUGACUUUAAAAAAAAA